AGCUCGUCUGAACUUGACCCCGUUAAAAUAGUAGCCUUGUAUCUAAGGAUUUAGUUCAUCCGAAUCUUAUCCGGUUCGAGACACCAAGAAACUCCCGCCCCGCUAAAGCACAUCGGACAAGACAACAAAGUGCUCCCUCCCAACGAUGAAAUAGGAUACCCAGCAGGAUACCUACGUAACCUUAACAACUAUUCUACCCCUCACUCCACCCUUUUCGAAUUAACUAAGAUCACUCUUGCGAGACACCAUCAUUUGCGACGAUCUGCAAAAGCUUAACACUCUCUUAUUUACACCACAGUAUCUUCUAGCCUUUGAGUUAACCUCGCUGGCUAUCGCGAUAAUGAGCACCAUGCUCCCAGGGACACACGUCUUCUCUCAUCAACACCAAUACAAUCCGCAGGUUGACCAACCAUGGAUGCAACAGCAGACCCACCAUCAACAGGCGCAGCAGCAGCAUCAUGCGGCGGCGUCGGCUGCUCAUUACAAUCGCAUGGCCGCAAGUCAAAACCACAACGCCGCGGUACCUUCAAUCUCAUCCAACCACGGACAAGACCCAGCUAUGAUCGACUCCAACGUUUCGGAGGAAAAUAGAAGGACUUUAAACUUCAUUGCAGAUUUACUCAAUGAAGAGACCAGGGAAGCUGCCCUUCUAGAGCUCAGUAAGAAGCGCGAGCAAGUCCCGGAGCUUGCAUUGAUAUUGUGGCACUCGUUUGGUAAAUCACGCAGCCGGGUACGAUAAUGAGAUGGUUUGCUGACAGAUUUAGGUGUCAUGACAUCACUUCUCCAGGAGAUAAUCUCUGUCUAUACUCUACUAAAUCCCUCCCAACUGACCGCCGCUGCAUCAAAUCGAGUCUGCAAUGCCUUGGCACUUCUACAAUGUGUUGCUUCCCACAACGAGACUCGCGCCCUCUUCUUAAAUGGUUAGUCACCCGGGCAUCAAUGUACAAAGCGCAGUACUGACAUUAAUAGCUCACAUCCCUCUCUUUCUCUAUCCCUUUCUCAACACGACUUCUAAAUCCCGACCUUUCGAGUAUCUACGUCUUACCUCUCUCGGAGUCAUUGGCGCUCUUGUCAAGAAUGAUUCAUCCGAUGUUAUCAACUUUCUCCUUACUACCGAAAUAAUUCCACUAUGUCUUCGAAUUAUGGAGACGGGAUCAGAACUCAGUAAGACAGUCGCAAUCUUCAUCGUGCAGAAGAUCCUUCUCGAUGACCAUGGUCUGAAUUAUAUCUGUGCCACAUACGAGAGAUUUUAUGCUGUUGGUACAGUGCUCAGCAAUAUGGUUUCACAACUUGUGGAACAACAAACGGCACGAUUGUUGAAGCAUGUUGUCCGCUGCUUCCUUCGGUGAGAAUAUCUCCCAUGACGUAUUAUUUCAAUUUCACUAAUAUGGUGACUGAUAGUUUGAGUGAUAAUGCUCGAGCCCGAGAAGCCCUCCGCCAAUGUCUCCCCGAACCUCUUCGCGAUGCCACAUUCUCCUCAGUCCUACGCGAUGAUGCUGCUACAAAACGAUGCCUUGCGCAGCUCCUCAUCAAUUUAUCCGAUAAUGUUGUUGAAUCUUCAUCCGGUCAUCAGGGUCUUUAAUCUCCAAUUCAUACUUCUACUUUCAAUGUACAAUUAUAAAAGCACCGAUACGACGCAAACGAGCAUGGGGGAUUUCAUCUUCGGUUUUGCAUAGACAUAACGAUACCCGGUCUUCUUUUCGGAAAUGUCGUAGGUCUCUGCAGCUGGUCAUCAAGGGAUUCAUAAAAGCAUUGCGGGGCAAAUAGGGUUGGUCUGAAGGGUGUUUUACGCGGCUUGUUUCAAUGAAGGUAAGAGCUGACAGUUGCAGCUCUCCAUCAACCCAAGGGACUUAUGCCUUUACUCAAGGUGGUUAUUUCCUUCUUAUUUACAUUGCUUGGUGUCUACUACUCUUUACCUUGUCGUUUUGAAGGCGUUGGGGGCUGUCUUAUAUGCUGCACUAUAAUAUAAUGCUGCUAGGGAAAUGGUUUGUAAAGUAGGCGAAGCUUCAGCGUUCAGGAAUAGAGAUACAUUCUUGAUAUAA